GGUGGCACCUGGCGCAUCACCCCGCAGUUCGUUGGAGCACCCCUGGCUGCCACCGCCACCGUCGAGAGCGGCGCAGCGUCCAAUGGUCCACCACGCUCACGGAACCGCCCACCCGGAUCCGUCACACGCACCUGCAGAUGCUCGACAUUCUGCUUCCGUGCCUCGUUUCGGGGAACAGGUGGAUCAUGGGGUGCCUGCCGAGGAGGUCCCCACUCCGGUGUCCGAUUCAUCGCCGACCCCUGUUCCGACAACCAGGGGUGGUGGUCGGUCUGCCCCACAACCUCCACCCGUGUUGACCGGAACGUUAGACCCUUUGCAGCGCAUUCGUGACCUUGCAGUCGCCCAAAGCGCGACACCUGUGAGCCCUGGCGGGUUGUUGGAUGCUGGGGUCCUCGGCGGGAGAGCUACGACGGGACGAUGUCGGGGCACUUACAGGAAGCAAGCCGUCACGUCAUAUUAUUCGGACCCUUUGGAGCGCGCAUGGCAUCUGCAAAUCAUGCGGUUCAUCGUCGAGAGCGGGAUGCCGUUCAACAGCACGAAGCUUGAAAGCUUCAAAUGCAUGUUCACGAUGAUAAUUCCGCCGGGGGUUCCAGGGGCGCCCGCGCCUAGACUUCCCUCGUACCACAUGCUGCGCACGACCCUUUUGGACGAGCUGGAUGGUGAGGUCCAGAAGUGUGUUCGGUCGGUGCUUGACACGUCGAGAGAGACCGGUUGCACAAUCAUGACCGAUGGUUGGACCAACAUCCGUGGUCAGACGUGGUGCAACUACCUUGUUGGUACAGAGAUCGGAGUGGUGUAUGUGUCCACCGACGUCAUGCGUGGCAAAAAGGACGCCAGUGCCCUCGCGAACGCAUGGUUGAAAAGGGUGAAGUCCAUGGAUGUUCAAUUGAGCGACAUCACGGCGUUCGUGACGGACUCCGCCGGGGUGAACGUCGCGGCGAUGGAGGUAUUCCAAAAAGAUGAGAGCGUGAAACACAUCUUCUGGAUUCCUUGCGUCGCCCGCAUCAUGGAUCUCAUUCUCGAGGACAUCGGCGGGAUUGAUUGGGUGGCUUCCCGCAUUUCUCAAGCGAGGCUGGUUACAAGGUUCUUCAAGCGCCAUGGACAUGCGAGAGAGGUUCUUGAGGCGCACUCGACGAAGACUCUUCUGCUACCGGCGGAGACGCGUUUCGGCACGAACGUCAUCAUGAUGGAGAGGCUGGUGGCACUGCGAGCCGCGUUGACAGAUGUUGUGGUCGACGAUCGCUGGCGCGAGACUGUUUGGUCGACCAGCAAGAUCCGCAAGGAUGCAGCGGAGGUCACUGCAUGUAUCGGCUCCCCUCCAUGGUGGGAGGAUUUGAGAGCUUUGUGCAAGAUGCUAGAGCCCAUCAUGGGCAUGCUGAAGUUGGUGGACAGCGACACACGCCAGAUCAGCAAGAUUCUGCGACGUUACGAGGAAAUGAUUGCAUCUUGUUUAUCCGCAUGUCGUGACAUUGAUCGGGAGCAGCAGGACGCUAUUGUGGAGGUGUUCCACAGGCGGCGCACCAUGUUCAAGACCCCCGCCCACACAACAGCCAUGCUGCUAGAUCCAGAGUUCCGGGACACGACGCUUUGUGACGAUGCGGAGGUGCAGCAGGCCUUGGUCGAGGCCCUUGUUCAGUUCGGCUACCCGGAGGAUUCGCCGCAGCACCAGGAGGUCCAACGAGCGUUCGCCAAGCUCCACACGAGGGAGCCCCCUUUCGAUGAGCUCACCAUGCGGCGAGCUGCGGAUAUCUUUGAUCACCCUGCCAGUUUUUGGUCCUCAAAGAAGGCGAAGUUCCCUCUCAGGCCGUGUUUGCAGGCAGGAUCCUUCGUAUAUGGGCGACCGCCUCACCGUGCGAGAGAGCGUGGUCUCGUUGGAGCUUCAUUCAUUCGAAGUCUCGCAACAGGUUCGAGGUUCCCCGGGCUGAGAAGCUUCUGCGGUGCCACUGGAACCUCAGGCUACUCGAUCGACCUUCGUUGAGCGACGAUGGUGUUGGAGAGAGGCCCGACGUCUUCGGGAAAUGGGUGCAUUAUUGGCAGGCCGUGGAGGACGAGGCAGUCGUGGACCAGCAGCUCGUCAGAGGCACCGGUGUUCUGGCGAAGGUGACCGAGGAGAAGUUGAGCCUCGCCAGAGAGAGGACGCGCGCCAUUUCCCGCA